GGGAAUCGAACCCAGGUUCUCUGCAAGAGCAGCCAGUGCUCUUAACCGCUGAGCCACUUAUCCAGCGCUAGCUUGGGACUUCUACUCGGGCGGUAACUGGGGACGUGUCGGGUCAGGCACGGAGACCGAGCACUGCUCAGCCAUGCAUAUCCCAAGGAAGCACUCGUCUGGCAGCCUAGGCUACCCUGCGAGGGACCAGUGACAAGCUGAGUGCAAGCUCCGGAACCGCGAAGUUUUCUCAACGGGCGCGCGUUCGCGCCAAAACGCUCAUCCCGGUCCGCCCCGCCGGAACUAUGCCUCACGUCGGACACGUCACCAUGACCCUGCGCCCAAGUAGUCCAGGUCACGAUGUCUCGGGUCCGCUCAUCUCAAGCUCCAGACGUCCUCAGUAGAAAGCAGUACGCGGCCGGAGGUGCGUCGUCGCCCUGGCCGAGAGAACGCGGCUUUCGAGAUCAGUUUCCCACAGAUUCCUCGGCCGGAAGGCUCUGUAGCCGCGCCUGCACUUCCGGGUCCGCCAUUUUACUCCCUUGAUUUCUACAGGGGGGGGAGGUCCCCCAAAUAGGCAUAAGCGGAAAGUCCCCAAAGUGACGGUUGCUGACAGGGAGGUUUAACUAGAGACAGGAACAGGAGCAAACUGGCGGGCCCGGUGAAAGCGCAGCCGGCAGCGUCCCGGAGGCGGAGAUGUCAUUGGUGGACUUGGGGAAGAGGCUGCUAGAAGCUGCAAGAAAAGGCCAAGAUGAUGAAGUGAGGACACUGAUGGCAAACGGGGCCCCAUUCACUACAGACUGGCUUGGAACAUCACCCCUCCACCUUGCAGCCCAGUAUGGUCAUUAUUCCACAGCAGAAGUACUCCUUCGAGCAGGUGUUAGCAGAGAUGCCCGGACCAAAGUGGACAGGACCCCUUUGCAUAUGGCUGCAGCUGAUGGACAUGCACACAUUGUGGAACUGCUUGUUAGGAAUGGUGCAGAUGUGAAUGCCAAGGACAUGCUAAAGAUGACGGCUUUGCACUGGGCUACAGAGCAUCACCACCGAGAUGUUGUUGAGUUACUUAUCAAAUAUGGAGCUGAUGUCCAUGCUUUUAGCAAGUUUGACAAGUCUGCCUUUGACAUAGCACUGGAGAAAAACAAUGCAGAGAUUUUGGUCAUCCUCCAGGAAGCAAUGCAGAAUCAAGUGAGUGCUAACCCCGAGAGAGCCAGCCCUGUGACUAACCCUGUGACUGUGGCUGCUCCGUUCAUCUUCACCUCUGGAGAGGUUGUUAACCUCACUAGCCUUGUUUCUUCAGCCAACACCAAAGCAACCUCAGCUAAUUUAGAAGAAAUUGAAGAAGGAAAUUCUCUUGAUUCUUCAAUCCAGCAAGUGGUGGGGAGUGGAGGUCAGAGGGUCAUCACCAUAGUAACUGAUGGAGUCCCUCUGGGUAAUAUCCAAACUACAAUCCCUACUGGAAGCAUUGGCCAGCCAUUCAUUGUAACUAUGCAAGACGGACAACAAGUUCUAACUGUACCUGCUGGUCAGGUUGCAGAGGAGACUAUAAUUGAAGAGGAAGAAGAAGAAAAGUCACUGAUGAAGAGACCAAGGAUGGUAGAGAUGACAAACAGUGUGGAAGGAAGCAAGGAAGGCAGUGAAAGAAAACUAUUACAGCAGCAACUCCAGGAGGCCAAUCGAAGAGCCCAGGAAUACAGACACCAGCUCCUAAAGAAAGAGCAGGAGGCAGAACAGUACCGCCUUAAGUUGGAGGCUAUAGCUCGACAGCAGCCAAAUGGAGUUGAUUUUACCAUAGUUGAAGAGGUCGCUGAGGUGGAUGCUGUAGUAGUCACAGAGGGGGAGGGGGAGGGAAGAGGAACAGAAGUGACUAGGCCAGGAAGGACCACAGAGCCUCGUACUGGAAUUUCCAUAGAAACUGUUUCAUCUUAACAUGCAAAGGCCACAACUUGCACUGUGUUCAUCUUUUGCCUUUUAAGAAGAAAAUGCAGAGAGCAAGCAAUAUAUAAAAAUUAAGAAUGUCUUUAAGAAGAAAACUAUAUCAGGGUACAAUGCCUGGGCCCAGGAAGGCUGUAUAUGAAAUAUAUACACCAAGAGCCUUCAAUAAUUAUAUCUGAAAUUUUCAAGUGACCUAAAUUUUUGCCUUAGAUUUAUAAAACUGAUUAGGAAGUAGGUAAGAAGCACAUUUUGGGGAAGAGUAAAGGAAUACAUUAUAUUUCUAAAGGAGCAGGCACACAAACUAUCCUUAGUUCAUUUCUUUGAGCCAGGUCUGGUACCACACACUUGUAACUCUAGCACUUGGGGCAGGAGGAUUAUGAGUUUGAGACCAGCCUGAGCUACAUAUAGAGUCUUUGUCAAAAAACGAAAGGCCAGUCAUGAUGGCAGGCAUAUUUAAUCCCAGUACUGAGUUGGCAGAGACAGGCUGAUCUCUGAGUUUAAGGCCAGCCUGGUCUACAUAGUGAGUUCUAGGCCAGCCAGAGUUACAUAGUAAAA